AACCAAGCUCAAAGACCUGGAAGACCAGGUCCCGUGAACAAAAAUACGGGUUCAUCGGCACAACAGAGUAGACGGCCGUCCACACAUGAAGUGUUGCCAGAGAAAAACGCCUUCUUCGACCCCAAGGCUUUAAAAUCAAAGGAUAGUACAGAGAUAGUACACAUGCUAAACGAGGGCAUACUUCAUUUAAAGUUCCUUCUUCGAACAAAAGAUCAGAACCGCAACAACGACGAAUUCAUCUGUGAUCUUACUUCUACGUUGGGAAAGGCCUGCAGCGUUCCACCAGGCGAAAAUCUUAACAAGAUUCUGGCCACACUUAAAGGCUCCGCUUUCUUUAACUCAAAAAUUCCCAGUUUACUUGAUCGCCUUCAAGAGUCAAAGGCCUUAAAUGACCAAUUAUCUCAACAAAGGUUCAUUGAGCAUCUCAUUGAAAUCUUCAUGAAGUACCUGACACAUUUGCCUAGUUCAUAUGCUGACCUACCUUACACUCAGUUGAAAGCAGCCUUAGAUCAGUCAAGUGUUCAAAACAAAGAAGAGCUGCAGACGAGGUUAGAUGAAUUUAAGCAAGCAAGAAAUGACGUCAUCAGAGGAGAAAGACAGAGGCAUGGGAAACGCUUUGUUAACAGGGCGGGGGAAAAGCCACCAAACGAUUUUAGAGACAUACCAAUUUGUCCCGAGACCAAAGAAAUCACAACUCAAGAAAGACCUUUCUUACGUAAGAACAUUUCAAGGGGAAGGUACGAAAACGCCGAGCACUACCUUGAUGUUCAGUUUCGGCUUCUUCGAGAAGACUUUCUUGAGCCACUAAGGGAAGGUAUUCGCGAAAUCGUCCUCAGAAUGCCUAGACAUGAGCGCAAACAAUUGAUAAAAUACUACCGAAGCGUUAAAAUUGUCGGGAAGGAGUUCACGCGGUCUGGAAUCAUUCAUAAAGUGCACAUCGAUAUUUCCGGUUCAGAUACCAGCACAUGGGCACAUUCCAAAAGAUUUUUAUUUGGUUCAUUUCUUUGUCUUUCAAACGACAACUUUAAAACUAUGCUUUUCGCAACAGUUUCUGGUUGCGAUGCAGAGAAAGUGAAGGAAGGACGAAUCGACAUCCGAUUUAUCGAAAAUCAAGACGUUUACGGGAUCGAGAGCCGCAACUGCGUUUACCAAAUAGUUGAGUCCCCCGCCUAUUUCGAAGCCUAUCGGUACGUUCUUAAAGGAUUACAGGUAUUAGACGAAACAACCUUACCAUUUAAAAAGUAUCUGGUCGAGUGCAGUGCAGAAGUUGACCCACCAGAAUAUCUAAGGCGUAAUGAGAGUGAGGAGCCGGUAUAUUAUGACCUCGGCAAGGCUCUUGGUGUGCUAAAUAAAUCGAACACCACCGCACCUGUACCUGUUCUAAAUCUUGAAGUUUGGCCCUCUGUUGCCUCACUUCCUCUCAAUAGCUCCCAACUCGAAGCGUUAAAGACAGCGAUUACAACCGAAUUUUCUGUCAUCCAGGGUCCACCGGGGACAGGAAAAACUUACGUUGGUGCCAAAAUCGUACGUUGCUUGCUCGAGAACCGAAGUGUUUGGGAUCCUCUACGGGACACACCGAUGCUGAUGGUUUGUUACACAAACCACGCUCUUGAUCAAUUCUUGGAAAAGGUGCUAGAAUUUUUACCUAGCCGAAACAUAAUUCGCGUUGGAGGAAGGUGCAAAAGUGAUAAACUUGAGAACUGCAAUCUGAAAAAAUUUACUCGCAGAUACACACUGGACGCCAAACGUGAAGAAGUGAACAAGAGGUUGCGACAAAACGACAUAGAAAUGAAAAUAUCGAAGCAACUGCUUGAAAAGGCAGACGUUCAACUUUUAGAGUUUGAAGACUUGGAACAACUAAUAAAUCCAGCACAUUUACAGCAGCUGUGUAAUGCUAAAUUUCCAUCCAAGGUGGCAAACGAGAGUCGAACUCCCAGCAACACCUUCAAAUUGUGGCUAUGCAACAACAAAGAGAUGGGUUGUAAUCAAACGGCACCCCUUGCAAAACAUGCUGAAAAUGAAGAAAAUGAAUCUUUUUAUUACGAAACAUUGUUCACAGAACCACAAGAUGACCGCGAAAGAUCCGUUGAAGAACCUUUAGCAGCAGUUAAUGACGUUAAUGUAUCAAAUGACGAAGCUAAACCUGAUCUUCCACCGAAGAUGGGCAUCUCAGAACAGAGAACAUUAAACAAAAAUUCGUACGAGCGUGGGUUACCAUGUGAUUUGUCGGAUGAACAGCAAAAUACCUUCCUGAGGCAACAGAUGGAAUUCAAUGUCUUACAAGACGUUUUUCAAGUAAAGCACAGUAAUUUCGAACAUUCGGCGUUAAUAGAAGGGGCUGAUCUCAUUCAAAGAACUGAACACCGGGAAGCAGUGGGCAGAUUCAGUGAUGGACAUGUUGAUGAAAAACGGGAGGCGGUGGAAGAGACUAUCGCAAUAGAAAGGGAAGCGGAUUUGAUACAACAACAAAGAUGGAUACAAGGCGACGAAGACCUCUUCCUUCCUAUAUCAAAAGAAACAGAUGACUUAAUACGUGAAGAACAAAAUAAAAGAGGGACGAAUGAAGAAAAUGAAGAGCAAUACUGGACACUUGAAACGCAUAAGAAAAAAGGCAAGUCGCAUCUCUGGAUGCCAAACGUCGACGAAAAUUGUAAAGAAGACGCUAAAUUAAAAGAUGAGGAAGCGGCUGACACAUUUUCUUCAAAGAAAAAGAAGAAACGAAAGAAGAAAAGGAAGAAAACCAACGUCCCUCUCACUGAGGAUAUUUACUCUAAACAAGAUGACCUAAGCAACAGAGAAGUGAUGUCCACCGAGGAAGUGACUUCUAGCUUAAUAAAAGGUGACUUAAUACGUGAAGAACAAAAUAAAAAGGGGACAAAUGAAGAAAAUGACGAUGAAUACUGGACACUUGAAACGCAUAAGAAAAAAGGCAAGUCACAUCUCUGGAUGCCAAACGUCGACGAAAAUUCUAAAGAGGACGGCAAAUCAAACGAUGAGGAAACGGGUGGAACAGCGUCUUCAAAGAAAAGGAGGAAAACAAAGAAAAAAAGGAAGAAAACAAAAGUCCCUCUCACUGAGGAUAUUUGCUCUAUACAAGGUGAUCUAAGCAACAGAGAAAUGAUGUCCACCGAGGAAGUGAUGGGCAUACAAAACAUCUGGAAUCUAUCACAAUCGGAUCGACUUCGAUUAUACCUCUUUUGGAUCGAAAACUACCGUGAACACUACAGAAUAGAAAUUUAUCAAGCUGAACAGGCAUAUGAACAGCUUCGCGAAGAAUUACAGGAAGUCCAGUUUGAGGAAGAGGAACAAGUCAUGCGUCAGGCGACCGUUGUUGGAAUGACAACCACAGGGGCGGCUAGAUAUCACUCAGUUCUCCAAAGGAUAGCUCCUAAAAUCGUCGUUAUCGAAGAAGCUGCCGAGGUGAUGGAAGCCCAUAUUAUCACUUCUCUUUCGCACAAUACCAAACACACAAUUCUCAUCGGAGAUCACAACCAACUCCGCCCCAAAGCGGCUGUUUACGAACUGGCGCGGAAGUACAACCUGGAGGUCUCACUCUUUGAGCGAAUGGUGUUAAACAGCAUGGACUGUAAACGCUUAUCUAUACAGCAUCGCAUGCGUCCUGAGAUUGCCACACUUACAAAAAGAAUCUAUGAUCAUGAAAUUGUAGAUCACGAUUCAGUUUGCACUUUCCCGCCAAUAUCUGGCCUUCGCCACAAUCUUUUCUUCAUUGAUCACUGCCAACCCGAAAAACUAAUAAGAGGUUUACAAAGUUACUCUAACCAUCACGAGGCUGAAUUCUUAGUAGCCCUUUGCAAGUACCUCCUACUUCAAGGAUACGAACGAAAGCAGAUCACAAUUCUAACCAUGUAUACAGGUCAGUUGCUGCUUCUUCAAGAGAAAAUGCCUCGACGAGCUUUUGAAGGAGUCAAAGUUUGUGCAGUUGACAACUUUCAAGGUGAAGAAAACGAUAUUAUUCUUUUGUCGUUAGUAAGAAGCAACUCGGAAGGUUGCAUUGGCUUUUUAGGCGAGUCCAACAGAAUCUGCGUCGCCCUGUCACGUGCCCGCAAAGGAUUUUACUGCAUUGGAAACUUCAGUCUACUGAAAAGCCAGUGCAAGCUUUGGAAGGAGAUCUGUGAUGACUUAAAGACAAAAGUAGCCAUCGGUGACAAUCUACAGCUGGUUUGCAGGAGACACAACAACGUAACGAAUGUAAGGUGGGCACGCGAGCUAAAGCAGUGCGAACUUGGAGGAUGUACAAUGCCAUGUGGAGACCGCCUAGAAUGUGGCCAUGCGUGCAAUGAGCUGUGUCAUGCCUCGGACGUUUUUCACUCAGAGGGCCGUUGUUCAAAACCGUGCUUCAAGUCGUGUCCCAGUGGUCACCAAUGUCCGUAUAGGUGUCAUUACCCAAGAGAGUGUCCCGCGUGCAUCUUUAUUGUGUUUAAGACACUUGCCUGUGGUCACGUACAACCUUUUAGGUGUUGUAUAGACCCAGUCUGGUCUGGAUUCAUCUGCAAGAAGAUGGUUUUAAAAAUUCUCCCUUGCGGACACGACAAACCCAUGAAAUGUUUCGAAUAUCCCAACAUUUAUAGCUACUGCACUAACAGCUGCACGAACGUUUUGGACUGCGGCCACACCUGCUCUAGGAGAUGCAAAGAGAAAUGCCAAUGUAACACGAAAAUAGAAAUUCAGUUGCCAUGUAACCACAGGAAAAUAGUCUUGUGCCGUGAGAAAAAAAAAUCAAUCAAGUGCAACGAAAAGUGCGAACGAGCCUUGAACUGUGGGCACGCAUGCUCAGGGAUGUGCCAUGAGGAGUGUACAACUAAGCUGUGCAAGAUCGAUGUUUUGAAAACCCUUCUGUGUGGCCACCAACAAAUUGUUCGUUGCUUCCAAGAUCCCCAAACAGUAUUUUGUUCUUCACCCUGUCAAAGACAGCUGAUUUGCGGUCACAGCUGUCCUUCUCCGUGUGGCCGUUUGUGUCAAGAAGUUCAGUGUAAAGAGUUGUGUCGAAAGAAGUGUCCCAGAGGUCACCCCUGUCAAAGGCAAUGUCACUUUGGUUCAUCCUGUUAUGAGUGCACAGUGCCAGUGAAUGCAAAGUUUCCCACAUGUGGUCACAACGUUAAGGUGCCCUGUUUUAUUAACCCAGCUACACUGACAUGCAAUAAGCCAUGUGAAAGAUUGAGAGCCUGUGGACACCACUGCAAAGACACAUGCGGCAUAGACUGCGAAACUCGACCAUGUCAGACACCUGUAACAAGAGUAUUAUCAUGCAAACAUGUUGUGGCGCUAGCUUGUCAAAGAAAUACUGAAACGUUCAUUUGUAAAACUAAAGUUGACGUACCUUUGCCAUGUGGACAUACGACUUCGUUGGAAUGUCAUGUAGCAAAAGUAGGGUUUAACGAUGUUUUGUGGAUGGAAAAGGUAGGAGACGAAUUGUGUUGCGGCCAUAAAGUCACCCUUCCACAGUAUUGCGUCCAAGAAAAGGUGGAAAUCACACUUUUUUGCGGACACAAGAAGUUUACAACAUCCUCUAGGAAGCAAGAACAAUUUCAGAGCAGAAGAUGUAACACAAAGGUGAAGAGAAGACUACCUUGUGGUCAUGAAAAGGAGAUGCAAUGUUCGGAUAAUGCAGACAGAGUAUUCUGCGAUGAACCGUGUGAACGCAUUCUCCCAUGCAAACACCCAUGCAGAAAAAGAUGUGGUGAUGACUGUGCAAGCUUUAGAUGUGCUGUCGGGGUGAAAAAGGUUUUGAGUUGUGGCCGCCAUGAUGUCAGUUGCUUUUGUUAUGAGGAUGUUUCCCAACGUAUUUGUUCAGAUCCGUGCACCCGGAGUUUGCCUUGUGGCCACCAACAAAUUGUUCGUUGCUCCCAAGAUCCCCAAACAGUAUUUUGUUCUUCACCCUGUCAAAGACAGCUGAUUUGCGGUCACAGCUGUCCUUCUCCGUGUGGCCGUUUGUGUCAAGAAGUUCAGUGUAAAGAGUUGUGUCGAAAGAAGUGUCCAAGAGGUCACCCCUGUCAAAGGCAAUGUCACUUUGGUUCAUCCUGUUAUGAGUGCACAGUGCCAGUGAAUGCAAAGUUUCCCACAUGUGGUCACAACGUCAAGGUGCCCUGUUUUAUUAACACAGCUACACUGACAUGCAAUAAGCCAUGUGAAAGAUUGAGAGCCUGUGGACACCCCUGCAAAGACAUCUGUGGCAUAGACUGCGAAACUCGACCAUGUCAGACACCUGUAACUAGAGUAUUAUCAUGCAAACAUGUUGUGGUUCUAGCUUGUCAAGGAAAUACUGAAACGUUCAUUUGUAAAACUAAAGUUGACGUACCUUUGCCAUGUGGACAUACGACUUCGUUGGAAUGUCAUGUCGCAAAAGUAGGGUUUAACGAUGUUUUAUGUAUGGAAAAGGUAGGAAACAAAUCGCGUUGCGGCCAUAAAGUCACCCUUCCACAGUAUUACUUCCAAGAAAAGGUGGAAAUCACACUUUUUUGCGGACACAAGAAGUUUACAACAUCCUCUAGGAAGCAAGAACAAUUUCAGAGUAGAAGUUGUAACACAAAGGUGAAGAGAAGACUACCUUGUGGUCAUGAAAAGGAGAUGCAAUGUUCGGAUAAUGCAGACAGAGUAUUCUGCGAUGAACCGUGUGAACGCAUUCUCCCAUGCAAACACCCAUGCAGAAACAGAUGUGGUGAUGACUGUGCAAGCUUUAGAUGUGUUGUCGGGGUGAAAAAGGUUUUGAGUUGUGGCCGCCAUGAUGUAAGUUGCUUUUGUUCUGAGGAUGUUUCCCAACGCAUUUGUUCAAAUCCGUGCACUCGGAGUUUGCCUUGUGGCCACCAAUGUCCUGGAAAAUGCCAUGAGAGAUGCAGUGAUUAUAAGUGCCAAAUGUUCGUUGUUAAGAAUCUACCUUGUGCAGGAAACCACUCUCUGAAAAUGUUGUGUAACGACGACCCAAGUAUCGUGGAAUGUCGAGCGCGUUGUGAUCGCAAACUAGAGUGUGGUCAUCGAUGCCCUGGAGUUUGUAGUCAAGCCUGUGGAGCAGUCAUUUGUAGACGUAAGGUGGUGAAGGAAUAUGGUUGUGGCCAUAAACAACGAGUAUGUUGCUUUGAAAGCAAAACUGCUAUCUGCAAAGUACCUUGUCCACGUCGAGAAGGAUGCACACACAAGUGUAAGGGAUUAUGUGGAGAGCCAUGUUCCAAUUAUCCCUGCCAAGUUCCUUUGGUUAAGACCUUGCCGUGUGGUCACAAGGUUAAGAUCCCUUGUAGUUUAUCUAUUGAUGAUGUACAAUGCCCUGUUUCUUGUCAGGCUGAGCUGCCGUGCGGUCACGAGUGCACUGCAACUUGUGGCGAGUGCAAGCAAAGGGGAUCACAUGAAAUAUGCCAAAGCCCAUGUAGCCGAGUUCUCGUUUGUUCACACCGUUGUCAGGAGAUGUGCAGCAAGCCAUGCCCACCUUGUGCUAGAAAAUGCAGUCGACGUUGUCCUCACACAAAAUACUCCCAACAGUGUUCACAACCAUGCAGACCUUGCAUAAAACCAUGUGAUUGGAAUUGCCCACAUUACCAAUGCAACAAUCCUUGCGGGGAGGAAUGCGACCGUCCUCGAUGUGAUGCGCCCUGCCCCAAGAAGCUCCCUUGUCGCCACCCUUGCAUUGGUCUGUGUGGAGAAAACUGUCCCACUCUUUGCGCUAUUUGCCACGCUAAAAAGCUAUCGUCCAUGAUUGGCCAAGGAAAUUUUAAAGCAACAGAAGCUACAAGAUAUCUUCAGCUUUUGGAUUGUGGUCAUAUUGUAAAGGUUCAAGAGAUGGACGAAUGGAUGCUGCGUGAUGUGGGAGAUAAUGUCAGUCAAAUUCAGUGUCCCAGAUGCUCUAUUCCGAUUACCUUCAGUUAUCGGUAUGGAAAUAUCGUGAAGAGAACCCUGAGAAACGUGGAAAAUGUCAAAAAUCAAAUACGUGAAAUUGGAAAUGAAACCACCAGAUUUACUAGAGAGCUUCUGAAAAAACUGCAUCACCCCCCAAAAGGAAUUCUGACUUUAGCUGGCAAACUGUCAAGUCAUUCAGACUCAAAGGAGUUGGAUAACGUAAAAAUGCACGACAUUCCCUUUGUUUUUACUCUGAGAAACAGCCUUUUUAUCAUCCAUCAAAUUGAGAAAGCGUAUCUCAUUUUACAAGCAGUUGAAAAAUGUCAAGAUCAGCUGCAGGUAAAGGAUCACUCAAGAACCAUCAAAUAUGCUUUAGAAAAGAUCUCAGACUACCUCACGACCCCUCAGUUUGAUUUGGGAACUUUGAGCCAAUUGUAUGAACAUACAAGAACGUUUACCCUUUUCGCGUCGAUUUUAGAAGCUCAAUGCCAAGCGAUCUCUUGCUGUCGAUCUUUUUCCAGCAUUGGGGUAUCGCGUUUAAAAAGUGCCCAAGAAAAGUUCGAAUUAUUUAUGCAAGGCAAGAUUAAAGUCCUACAAAACGAAUCGCUGGAAAAAAUUGCAGCUUCUUUGAGGAACGAAGUCGACCUUCCACCCCUUCUACCCGAGGAUCAAAAGGAAUUCAAGAAGUUCCCAAGCUAUAAUACCAGGGUUUGGAAAUUGUGCAAACUACAUGGUCAAGUGUAUUUCACAACAUCAUUUAUGCGCGAAGGAGAAGAUGUGACCGAGAUAAGUGGUUGCAGACAAUGCGAUGGCACAGAUGACACUGACGAAAAUACUGGAUAG